AUGGGUCCCACCAUCAAGCUGAGCAGCGGCUACGAGAUGCCCCAGGUGGGCUUCGGCCUGUGGAAGGUCGACAACGCCAUCUGCGCCGACACUGUCUACACUGCCAUCAAGGCCGGUUAUAGGUUAUUCGAUGGAGCUUGCGACUACGGCAACGAGAAGGAGUGCGGCGAGGGCGUGGCGCGCGCGAUCAAGGAGGGCCUGGUGACGCGGGAGGAGCUCUUCAUCACGUCGAAGCUGUGGCCGGUGUUCCAGGACGGCGACCAGGUGGAGCCGGCGUGCCGGCGGUCGCUGGCCGACUGGGGGCUCGAGUACUUCGACCUGUACCUGAUCCACUUCCCGGGCGCGCUCAAGUACGUCGACCCGGCGGUGCGGUACCCGCCCGGGUGGCACUUCGACGGCGAGGACCAGAUCGUGCGGUCGAGCACGCCGACGCACGUCACCUGGGCCGCCAUGGAGGCGCUCGUCGGCAAGGGCCUCGCCCGCUCCAUCGGCGUGUCCAACUUCCAGGCCCAGCUGCUCUACGACGUGCUCCGCUACGCCAAGGUGCCCCCCGCCGCGCUCCAGAUCGAGCACCACCCCUACCUCGUCCAGCGCGAGCUGCUCGCGCUCGCCCGCGCCGAGGGCGUCGCCGUCACCGCCUACUCCUCCUUCGGCCCCGCCUCCUUCCUCGAGUUCGGCUUCAAGCACGCCGAGGCCCUCGUGCCCCUCGUCGAAGACCCCCUCAUCAGCGCCGUCGCCGCCAAGUACGGCAAGCAGCCCGCCCAGAUCCUCCUCCGCUGGGCCACCCAGCGCGGCCUCGCCGUCAUCCCCAAGACCACCCGCCUCGAGCUCAUGCUCCAGAACCUCGACAGCACCGGCUUCGACCUCGACCAGGCCGACCUCGACAGCAUCACCGCUAAGGACGCUGGCAUCCGCUUCAACCAGCCCUCGAACUACUUCUCCACGGAUAAGAUGUGGAUCUUUGGUUAG